AAACCACUGAUCAGUAAAAAAAAAUAGCAUCAUUAUGGGAGCUUAUUUGAGUGUCGUAUUCCGGAUACAUUUAUACUAUUAACGGGCAGUUAAAUAUAAUAAGAAAUUAAGUUUUGUUAUUAUGUUUGAAAGGGUUCGAGGUACGUCCGAAAUUUACAAGCCCUAGAUACCUGCUAAAGACUGAUGCAUGUAAUAUCAAAAAGGGGGGUAGUCCCUGUCAACAGCCGGAAGGCCUGUAUAACGUCGAUAUAAUGUGAUGUUUGGUUGAUGUGUAUUCAAUUUUAAUACUACAAUAAAUUCGCCUAUUGACAAUUAUUGGUUACCGAUUAGAAAGGAAAAUUAAAGAAAACUGAUUCAAGCUGGGGUAACGAAGACUACAGAAGUGCUCCCUACAGCAAGGUCGAGUAGAUAGGAGUAUACUAGUGAACAAUUGUUAUUGAGGUUUCGGCAACCUGUGUCUAUGUAUGUGUUUCAUAUGCCUGCCUGUGUGCGGCGGCAGUGCAUCUGUAAUGUAUUUAUUAGUCAUUAGCCGCAAGGAGUGACCCCACACCGAAAAAAAAAAAAACGUUUCUAACGAAUUACUCGCCGUAACCGAUUGUCGUCGAGGAAUCAUCUUCAUCAACAGCAAAACAAUAAGUUAUCUUCGUCGUGAAUACUUCUACAACUGAGGUGUUUGUUGGUACGAUACAAGUUGGAAGUGAGAUGAGUUUUCUAAUAGCAGAAUGCGAGGCAGAGAACUUUUGUGCCGAAGACUUGGUGGAGCGCUUUGCGUGGCGAACCCUUGGUCCACAGAAAGAUGACCGUUUCGACGCCAAAAGUCUUGAAGAGGCUUUCAGGGGCGAAAUUGAACAGUUAAGGCUCGAGUACGACCAUCGGGAAAAACGAUGCCAACGAUUAGAAAAAGACUGCAGUGAUGAGAUGGAGAGGCAUUGGAGACGUGUUGAGGAUCUGCUCGACAAGAAUAAGCAAAGCCAACGCACGUACAAAAACCUCGACACACAUAUAGGACGCGUAGCUGCCAAAGUCGUUUAUCUUGGUGACCUACUAGAGUCUGUGAACACACCGAGAGCUCGCGCCGAGGAAGCCGAAAAGUUGAUGCUAAAAUUCGCCGACUUCCAGAGUGAGGUCAGCGACGUUCCGCUGUCAAAGCAGAAUAUCUAUGAAAAUUCUGACUUAAUUCAAAAGCUGCAUCUAAUCGCGCAAGAACUUCCCUCUGGAGGCAAAUUCGACGAGGCGAAAGCUCGCAUAACAACGAAAUACUCUCAGAUCGAAAGCGAUCUUAUUGACGAAUUUCGAAAUGCCCAUGAGAUUGGCGACGUGGAAAAGAUGAUUCAACUUGAAUCAAUCCUUGCUCACUUUAAGGGCUUCCAAACAUGCGUCGACACAUUCAUAACGGAUGCCCAACGUGGCGCAUACAUAAGAUCCGAUGUGUUCCAGGAUAUUAUACCUCUGUGUAGGAACACGCAAAAUCUAGUUGUUCAGGUGUUUAACAACCCUAACCAGAUAAUGGCGAAAUUCAUCACCCACGUGUAUACAGUAAAACUACAAGAUUACAUUACGAUACAACUUCAAGUGAACGACAGAGGAGACUACCUAUCGAAGCUUCUUUUGAUGCAUACGAGUACAGAGAAACUCUCUGAGGAGUUGACAAAAUUCAAGAUUGACUAUUCAUUGCUUCAGAAACUUUCAAGGCAGAUAUUUCAAAAGGAUCUAGAUGGGUAUAUUAACGUCGAGAUGCAAUUUCUCCGCGAGCGUCUCGACCAUUUGCUCAAGCGAUAUUAUGAAGAUCUAGAUCACGUGAAGCGUUCGGCGGGAGCAUUACAAGACCUGCGACGAGAUAUGCAGGCGUUCAUCAAGCCCUUAGCCAACAUCAAUAUUGCUCCUGUUGCCGAAGAUUUUGGUGGGGAAACAUUUCUCUCGGAAACACUAGCGGCUAAUAUGUUGCAAGAGCUGCGUCAAUCGCUAGGAAGGUGCCGAGUGUUAUCGCGUCAGUCUGACCGAUCGAAGAACGCCUGCCAGAUUUGGCAUUGUUUGCAGUCACGUCUCUGCGUCGAGCAUAUCCAAUACGCGCUUGACCUAGGCCUCCGUUGCAUUCCGCUGAGCGAAACAAAAGCUGAACCCCGGCUUACAUUCCUCGACUGUGUCAGGGAAUGUAACACGAUGGUUCAUCUACUGGACGACCUGUUCUGCAAGAGUGUCGCACCGCUGAUCGCUUCGAGUCCCGAGUACGGCACGCAGUUACAGAAGAAGCGUGAGUGCUUCGAGCUAAUGGAGCAAAAAAUGCAACACGGCAUCGAGCUCUGUCUACAAGCUAUGAUGGGUUGGAUCCGGGAGCUGCUUAACGAGCAGCGCCGUACUCCGAUGAACCCGACGGAGACCAGCUCGAGCCCAACUUGUGCCCGGGUCUGUCGCUAUGUCAAUGACUGCACAAGCCACAUCCAGCGGAAUCUCGACGGGCAGAAUUGCAUUGCCGUUUUAACAGAAUUCGGCAUUCAGUUCCACAGAGCGAUCUACGAACACAUUCUGACAAUGCAGUACGAUCCACACACAACUGCCUACAUUAUCAUGUGCGAUGUUAGCGAAUACAGAGCCUGCGCGCGGCAACUACCCGCCUUUAUCGAUCGUCUUUUCGAAGUGCUGUCGAUUCUCGUCAACCUUCUUAUGACACCGCACAAUAAACUGCAGGAUCUCUUGAACAGCCACGCGUUGAAACAACUCGACCCACAGGUGCUGCAAAGUUUUGUUGAGCUACGAACCGAUUGUAAACAGGAGCGUCUUGUACAGACCUAUUUCAAGGCUCGCAAGUAAUACGCAGCAUUAAACGAAUUAUUAUCAUGUGACAACUGUAUAAGUGCAAUAGGUAUUGUCAGGAUAACUAUCGAUUAAUUGUUGUUUUCCUAAUUAUAUUUCAUACUAAUAGAAAAUAUCUUAAUGCAAGUACUAGUCUCCAUCUUCAAACUAGUAAGUUCUUUUUUUGUUCAUGUAACGCUUCUAAAUUUUAUGAAGUAUCUUAAAUACUUCAUAAAAUUUAAGAAUAUUUGUUGCUCCACUUAGAUAGAAAAGAGUUCGCGUUGCAACAGUUUAGAUUGUUCGCCGCAAUCUGUCAGCAGUGUGUAAAAAAUUCUUCUUUUCAAGCUUAUUUGCAAGUUACGAAAAGUCAACAAGUACCAAGAGGUGACCUAUGUUGCGAAGGUUAUUGUUAAAAUAUUUUUAUUUCGAGACAUCUCCCGCCACUACACGAUUUUUGGCAGGUUACCUUUCUCGGCUGUUUCUUUAGCAACUCAAUUAUUUGUUGCAAGCUAUUGCAAUACACAUGAAACAGUCAGAUAUGCUCAAUAAUACCAUUGCCGCGAUACAGGUCGGUAUUGGUUAAAAGGCAAAUGUAAUUUUGGCAGAUGCGAAGAGGUACGUGAAAUAAGAUAGGUUAAUAUGUAGCGUUUUAUAACUUGUUGUUGCUGACUUCUGGUAGUUACGGACACGUAUGCUUAGCUGACAAGAAGUUUGCGGUGCAAAUACGUUCGAUCCGUAUCAAACCUUUGUACCUCUAUUUCGAAUAUGUUAUUAGACUGAAUGGCUCUAGUUGGCCGCAGAUUUUAGAAUCUUGUUUCGAAAAGUGUCCGGAUGGUUGCUACACCCAGCUGCAAGUAGGAUUUAAGAGAAAAUUAAAUGUAAAUUUAUAAUAAUAAUUAUUAUUAUCAUCGAACUACAGUACACACGAAUGCAGCUCCAAUUGAAAUGAAUCAAUCAUUCUAUGGUCAAAGCUACAUUAGAAAAUUCGCAGUCGUAGCGAACUCAAGUCACGCCAACGCCGUCCCUACCAUUAAGGUGCACACAUAGGAUGUAACACUAGAGGUAUAAAUAUCGAUAAACUGUAUUUUAGACAUCGUUUAUUUUAUGUAAAAGAGCAAGGCUUAUCCUACUGUCAACAUAGACGACAUGCGAGGAAUAAGAAGAUAACCGUAUUGAUUUGAUGACUUCAGGUGAGACGGCCCUUAUUUGAUAUUUCAUAGUCUGUCAACUAAGCCAGUGAAGGAGAGCUUUUUGACCUGACUUUUAACUUGAUUAUGGGCUUUGAAGUUUGCACACAUUUAAGUUUUCAUCUCAAUGUUAAAUCUUCAAAACUUACUGGGCUAGCACAGGAAUAUUCGUGCAGUUUUCUAAGUGACGAGAAAUCAUAUUAAAGCAGCGCAUUUUCUAAAUAUUUUUCGUUCAUGAGUUCUGAGCGUUCGAAAGAACGGUCUCUUUACUUGAAGCACAUUUAGUAUAGUACAGUGCGAGGAUAAACCUCUAUAUACAACUCGAGAUGUUUGAAGAGGGUAUCGACGAUAUAUAGAACACGAGCGUAAAGCAAAACGAUAUAUAUUUGACUGUUCUAGUCGCGCGAACAACUCUAGUUGUUGAACCAAAUCGCAAUUCAUCCCACCUAGAGAUACAGGAAAUAAUGCCCUCUGCCCUCCCCCUCCCCCCCGUUUCACCACAGUUGUGAUAGUUGCCACCUAUCUUCCUAUGACCAUUUAAUUCCCUCAAUGAGUAAAUGUAUGCGUGAUUGAAUGGAUAGGAAAACAUUGCAUAUGGCUUAAACAUCCGAAUACGUUAUAACAUUACUCGAUUUGAUAUUGCUAAUUGAGGCAGGAAAGUAUUGGAAGUUCAUUAAACUUUUAAAGCCUACCGACCCAGUGCAGAUAAUAAAAAAAAUAAGAUUCACAGGACUAGAGAUGUAACUUUUGUUCGUCGUAAUCAUUCCUACAAAAAUAUUUGUUGAAUAUUUGUUGAAAAUUAUUUGGUAUUUACUUACCAGUCAUAUUUGGUGUAUUAUAUGGUCGUAUGAAAAAGAAAACACUGAAUUUUAAAGCAUAUGAUUCUAAAAUGGGCGUGAACAUUAAUUGAGUUUAGGGUGCUUGGUGUCGCAUAGUCGAGUUAUUUAUGGCAAACGUUAAAGACAAUAACGGAAACGAUUUCUCCUUAUUAUCCUUUGUAGCCUCUCGAUUAACUAAGUCUGUUGUGAAAAAUAUAAGGAAACUCCAAAUGGGGCGCAAGGGCGAACAGCAAAUACGGUGCACUGACACUGAUUUUUGGUUCGGUUCUGUUGCUAUGAGAUAAUUGCUGAUUGCAGUGUACUGCAUAAUGAAAAAGAAUAUAUUUUGUGUAAGUUAAGCGAUCCAAUCAUGUAAAAAUGUUAAUAACAUUAACAAAA